UUUUUUUUUUUUUCAUUCUUCUCAUUACUUGUUGUGUCAUGUCGAGACCACAUAAUGCCAAUGUGCCUUCUCGUGACGGAAGUUUAUCCCAUGGUGAUAGUGAUAGUGAAGAAGAUACUUACGGACCUUCUAUCCGUGUUUCAGAAAGUCAAGCUCUCUUGGGUUUAGGUCAAUACAAUCAACCAAGAUAUAUGACAGCAUCUCCAAUUCCUUCAGCUCAACUCUAUAUCGAUCCAGAACCAAGAGAUAAAUGGACCCUUUUGAAAGUGCGAUCAAAGUACUACCUUCCUAUUCUGCAAUGGUUACCGUUAUACAAUCGUCAACUCUUUAUAGGUGACUUGUUCGCUGGAUUGACCUUGGCCUGUUUAUUGAUUCCUCAAGCUUUAUCUUACGCUACUGCUUUAUGUAAACUUGAAGCGAUUCAUGGUCUAUAUGCUAUAGCUUUCCCUGCGAUCACAUAUGCUAUUUUUGGUAUGUCAAGACAAAUGUCAGUUGGUCCUGAAGCUACUCUCUCUUUACUAGUUGGUUCAUCUAUUGCCGCACAAGGUCAUACACCUGAUGACGAAAAUAACGUGGAUCCUUUAGCCUGGGCAUGUUUGAUGACUUUAUUUGUCGGCAUUUUCACCUUCUUACUCGGGAUCUUUCGUCUUGGUUUCCUUGAUAGUCUUAUGAGUCGUGCUCUUCUCCGUGGUUUUAUUACUGGUGUUGCCUUGGUGGUUUUAUUACAACAAACGAUUAUUUUACUUGGAUUGGUAAAUCUUAGUGAACAAGCUGGCAUCUCCGAAGCAUCUACUACUGUGGCAAGAUUCAUCUUUUUAGUCAAGAAUAUUCAUCAAAGUCAUCCCUUGUCUUCCUUUGUAUCAGGGGUAUCUGUGUCUAUACUUUUGGCUUUCCGUGUACUCAAAUCAAAAACUAGCAUGAAAUGGAUUCUUCUCUUACCUGAAGUACUUGUGGUGGUAGUCAUUUCGAUUUUAUUAACCUAUUUUUGUGAUUGGGAACAUCAAGGAUUAGAUAUACUUGGUACAAUUGAAGGUGCUGGAAAGAUUCCUCUCCCAUCUAUUCCGUCCUUCCCAGCAAAUCAUCAUAUGAAAGAUCUAUUGGUGACUGCCGCUAUGAUUGCUAUUAUUGGAUUUGUGGAAUCUGUUGUCAUUGCAAAAACAUAUUCAAGUCGUCACAACUAUUCUGUCAGUGCCAAUCGUGAAUUAGUUGCUCUUGGUGUAGCCAAUACAGUAUCAGGUUUAAUGCAAGGUAUCCCUGCGUUCGGUUCGGUAGCACGUAGUAAAAUUAAUGAUCGUGCAGGUGCUAGAACUCAGAUGGCAAGUUUGAUGACAGGUGUUAUGACGUUGUUGGCCAUUUUCUUCUUGUUACCCUACUUUUAUUAUCUUCCCAAAGCAGUUCUAUCUUCUAUUAUUUUUGUGGCCGUUCUCUCAUUAUUGGCUGAAUUACCUGAAGACUUACAUUUUAUAUUCAAAGUACAUGCUUGGCGUGAUUUGGCUUUACUGUUGGUUACUUUCCUGGCAACGGUCAUGAUCUCUUUAGAAUUUGGCACGUUAUUGGCUGUGACGUUAUCUCUGCUCCUUACUAUCAAAGAAACAAGUUACCCUCGGAUAUCUAUCAUGGGUAGAGUCAAGGGAAAUCAUCAAAAGUUUAGACCUAUUCAAGAUGGACCUGAUGAAAUCGAACAUAUGGAAGAUGUGUUAAUUAUUCGCGUAGAAGAACCUUUGUUUUUCGCUAAUACUGGACAAUUGAAAGAUCGACUUCGACGAUUGGAACAAUUUGGAGAUAUGUCAACACAUCCUUCUGAAACACCAAGAUUAGGAGAUUCUCGAUAUAUUAUUUUUGACGUGGAUCAUAUGCCAUAUAUUGAUGCAAGUGCUGUACAAAUCCUGUAUGAAAUUGUGGAAUCUUAUCAUCAACGUCAAAUUCAAGUAUUCUUUGUACGUCUUCGAGAACGACCUUUGGAAAUGUUUGAAAGAUCAGGAUUAUUAGAUUUGAUCGGGGAUGAUCAUCGAUUACGCAAGGUGUCUGAAGCCAUUGAAGCCGUUGAACGUGAUAUCACCAAACAUAGUAUUAUAGUGCAACAAUAGUUUAGAUACCCAUUUAUAUUUAGUUAUUCCUUUAUCUAUCAAAUAAAACCAUAUAUUGUAUUUAUGA